GGUCUCAGGCCCGGUUCUGGAGCCUUCGCGCUGCUCGUGGAACCACAAGGUGGCCAAGCAACUUGCGCGCGCACAAGCACGGGCCGACGACGUUCUUGCAUCGCUCGCCGUUCACGCGCGCCCGCCCAGCUGAUCAUCGGAAGCCGGCUGGCUCCAGGUAGCUAGCUAGCGCGCGCAGGUGGAGCAGUCGCUUGGCCGACCGACAGAACGGCAUGGCUGCCGGUCGCGGCAAGCUCCACGAGGACGCUCCCGGCGCCGAUCUCUACGCCAUCCUCGGGCUCAAGAAGGAGUGCACCGACGGCGAGCUUCGAGUCGCCUACCGGAGGCUCGCCAUGAUAUGGCACCCGGACAGGUGCUCGGCGUCCGGCAGCUCGGCGCGCGUCGAGGAGGCCAAGGAGCGGUUCCAGGAGAUCCAGGGCGCCUACUCCGUGCUCUCCGACUCCAACAAGCGGUUCCUCUACGACGUCGGCGUCUACGACAGCGAGGGCGACGAGGAUGACCUGUCGGGGAUGGGCGACUUCCUCGGAGAGAUGGCCGACAUGAUGAGCCAAGCCACGCCGACGGAGAGCUUCGAGGACCUGCAGCGGCUGUUCGUGGACAUGUUCCAGGCGGACCUGGAGGCUGGGUUCUGCAGCGGGCCUCGUCCGGGCCACUGGGCCCAGGCACAAAGCCCACCCUGCACAUCGUUUCCGCCGCAGCCAUCGUCACCGUUGCGGCCUCCUCCUGUUGGGAGAACCAACGUGCAAGCGCCGCCGUCACAUAGCGGCUUCAACAAGCACGGUUCGUCGGCGACGGGCUCCGGGAAGCUAUCGAGGCCUGGUCGAGCGGGUCCAAAAUCGGGCCUAGGCUUGUCCAGGUUUAGCUUCAAGGUGAGGUAGCCCACAUGGCCACAUUUACUGCCAGACAUUGUUGUCAGAUAACAUAUAACAGUAGCACCAUGGGCAUGCAAUGGCGGAUAUGAAACGAUGAUCUAUCUUUAAGAUAUAUAUCAUAUUUAUAGUAAAUUAUUACUUAUUAAA